AUGGCGUGUCACGAUUCCAGCGCCCCUCCCCCUGCAGCCUGUCAAGACAUCAUAUCUCCAGCACAGAUUGUUUUGGUGUGCUGGCCAGACAAUACACCUUCGGAGCUNUUCCAUCGCUUGUUCACAUGUGGGCAUGAGCGAUUCUAUUACGCACUGAAUUUGUUUUCCCUUUGGUCUCUUCUUCUACCAGCGGCUCAUCCACCGGGGGCGGAUGGUGCUGCUCUUCGCACACACCGCGGCGCAGUGCAAACCGCAGAGUGCCGUGUAGAUGGCGUGUCGUUAUUUCAUCGCGCCGCACUAGAGGUUACAUUGGCAGGACUCUUAUUUUCUUUGCUUUGUUCCUAUGCUUGUCAAGGGUGCAUGAGAUAUAUCAUGUUUCUCCCCGUUGCUGGAAACGGUGGAGGUGGGAAGGUUGCAGAACCCGUCGCCUUUGCGGAUGUGGGGCCGUCAGCCAUGCAUGUUCGCUCAUCGCUUGCUAGGCUUGUUUUCAGUGAACUUGUUAAGGGGCGUUCUGUGGGGUAUCAUGAGCAGUGA